AUGGCUGAUAUGGCUGGUCGGAAGGUCUUCAAGGUCUUCAACCAGGACUUCAUCGUUGAUGAGCGCUAUACGGUUACAAAGGAGCUUGGACAGGGUGCAUAUGGUAUCGUUUGUGCCGCAACCAACAAUCAAACCGGCGAGGGUGUGGCGAUCAAAAAGGUCACCAAUGUUUUUAGCAAGAAGAUUCUUGCAAAACGGGCGCUCAGGGAGAUCAAGCUUCUGCAGCACUUCAGAGGACACCGCAAUAUCACUUGCCUAUAUGACAUGGAUAUCCCUCGUCCAGAGAGUUUCAAUGAGACAUAUCUCUAUGAAGAGCUCAUGGAAUGUGAUUUGGCUGCUAUCAUCCGCUCGGGUCAACCUCUUACAGAUGCGCAUUUCCAAUCGUUCAUCUAUCAAAUCCUCUGUGGGCUCAAAUAUAUACAUUCGGCCAACGUUCUUCAUCGAGAUUUGAAGCCCGGCAAUCUUUUGGUCAAUGCCGAUUGUGAAUUGAAAAUAUGCGAUUUCGGCUUGGCAAGGGGGUUUUCGAUGGACCCAGAGGAGAACGCUGGCUACAUGACGGAGUAUGUUGCCACGCGGUGGUACCGUGCCCCCGAGAUCAUGCUGAGCUUUCAGAGUUACACGAAAGCUAUUGACGUCUGGUCCGUGGGAUGUAUUUUGGCGGAGCUUCUCGGCGGCCGUCCUUUCUUCAAAGGUCGAGACUACGUCGACCAGCUAAACCAGAUUCUUCACUACCUUGGCACGCCCAACGAGGAGACCCUAUCACGCAUCGGCUCACCUCGUGCCCAGGAGUAUGUUCGGAACCUACCUUUCAUGGCUAAAGUCCAGUUCCAAAAGCUCUUCCCGCAAGCCAACCCUGAUGCCCUGGAUCUGUUGGAUAAAAUGCUGGCAUUCGAUCCCUCAUCCCGUAUCUCCGUUGAGGAGGCACUAGAGCAUCGCUACCUGCAUAUUUGGCAUGAUGCCUCGGACGAGCCUGCCUGUCCUACCACCUUCGACUUCCAUUUCGAAGUGGUCGAAGAUGUAGGGGAGAUGAGGAAGAUGAUACUUGACGAAGUCGUUCGAUUCCGAGCACAUGUACGACAGCAGCAACCAUCCGGAAUGGCAGCGGGUGGAGGUGCCCCAGGACAGCACAACAAUGUGCCUAUCCCAGACAAUGCGGUGCAAUGGGGCGCAGAAGAUCCAAGACCACAAGAAGCAAUCCCGCGAGGAGAUAGUUUGGAAGACUCCCUAGAGCAAGGUUCAGAUGUUUAUAUGCGGCGAUAG